CCCGCUUAUAAUCUCUUCAGAAUUGAAUAAAGUAAGCUUCCUCAAAUGGGUUAGGAACAGGGACACAAACCAGUGUCAUUUCUGUUACCGGCAAGAACAUAAUUCGUCAGCUUCUCGGGAGUCGCCCUGAAUUAAGAACAGCAGAAGACAUCACAUCCCCAUGAAAUCAGUCAAUCUGAUAGCAAGCAUCAUCGGUACACUAUGGCCUAUGUUGACAGAUUUAUGGGAAGAUUGGGGCAUCCAAUUGCUGGUCGCAGCGAGCCUUGCUUGCCGGAUCACCCUUGCCAUCCUUGGCCGCUGCCGGAGGUACAUGACCACGAUCAUCAUCAGAUACGUCAUCCUCGCUGCCUACUUGCUCUCUUCUUACAUUGUGACCAUUGCCCUUGGCAAGCUCACCGUCGUCCAGAUCAACAAUCCCGAUCGACCGGACUACUUAACUGAGCUCAAGGGGUUGUUGGCACCGUUGCUCUUGAUGCAGCUCGGGAACCCUGACUCCAUAAAUGCGUACUCGGUUGAGGACAACCGGCUCAGUGUCAGGCAGAUGCUCAAUAUGUUGGUCACUGUCAGUUUUGUUGUCUGGAUCCUGAUUCGCUGCUGGGACAGCUCGUCGCCCGUCCCGUUUUUGUACUUCCCCUUGUUCGCCACCGGGAUCAUUGAAUCCGCAGGGUCUAUUUGGGCCCUCAAGUCUGUGUACUGGGAGAGGUCAAGCAUAUCAGCCAAGGAUAUCUUCGACCCUCAAACUGUCGCCAAGUUCUUCAACGAGAAAACUGUCAAGCACGCGGUGCCCAGAUGGGUGACGACGCAAAAUAUCAUCUUGAAGGCAUACUAUCGAUUCGAUUGCUUGAAGCCCCACAUUGUAAACUGGCUCUACGACCCCGAUUCACUAUCUAAGUCUCAGUUAAUUGUAGACCGCGAUUUAGCCUUCAUUACAACUGAGCUCGAACUUGGAUUCAUGUAUGAUGCACUUUACACUAAGAAACCGAUUCUUUAUAAACCACUUGGUCUAAUUGGCCGCUUCACUAGCUUUUUCUGUCUAGUGUCAGCCUUGUGUGGAUAUGCUGUUAUUUUCAAGAAUGCCUUCUUGAUCGACAUGUAUAUCACCUACACUUAUGCAUUAUUGAUAGGAGUCACCGCCCUAGAAGGUUACCAAAUUGUUCUGCAACCUUUUUCGGCAUGGGCGAUCGUUGCGAUGAGCCAGCACCAAAGCAAUCGCCUCGUGUCAACGAGGCUGUUGAAGUUCGUAGUUGAAAUGUACAUGAAGCGGAAAAGGUGGUCCAACUCAAUUGGGCAACUUGACUUGUUGUAUCCUUGCCUGUAUGAUGACUGGCCGCGGCCCAUCGGAAGAAUCCUCAAACACUGUGGCAAGAAAGAGGUGACCUUGAGAAGGUAUUGGCAUCACUCUCGCCUGAAAAUCCACCUCACUCUCAAGACACUGCUGGUGGAAGGUAUCGAAAAGCUCGAAGAGAUCAGAUGCCAGAAGCCCUUCACGAAACGCGGGGAGUGGACGCUCGAACUUCACAAACUCGGCAACAAUCAAGUGUUGGAAAGGUACAUCUCAAUAACGUUUGACAAAAGCAUCAUCAUUUGGCACAUGGCAACGAACAUCUGCCUCUUUUCAGUGCCCGAUAAUUCUCAGUACUGUGAAGGAAGCAAACUGCUGUCCAAUUACAUGAUAUACCUUCUAGCACUGCGACCGUACACGUUGUCCCUAACGACUAGUGACAUCACAUUGGAGCACGCUUGCGCCAUAUUGAAGCCACUUCUCAGGUACAGAGACCGCGAUGAGGCCUUGAGGACUCUGUCAUUGACAGAAGAGAUCGUGCUUGAACCGUACCUGGAUCAGAAGGAGAAGACCAUAAUCACCACGGACUGGCAUGUGCUGAGUGAUGCGCAGGAAUUGGCGGCGACGCUGAAGGACAAGGAGAACAUGUGGCAAAUCAUAAGCAGCGUCUGGGUGGAGAUGUUAUGCUAUGCUGCGUAUAGUUGUCAAGUUUACCAUCAUGCGAAGCUGUUGCGGCGAGGCGGAGAGCUUAUAACUCAUGUUUGGCUGCUCUUGAUGCACAAUACUGACAAGUACUCCCACACUCCCAGGGUCAACCCCAACAAAGAAACCAAAGGAGAGUCCAAGAGUGAAUCAUGAUCCUAGGAUUGAUCAUACCCUGCACGAGAUUGUGUUGUGUUUGUGUGCGCGUGUUCUCUCUUUUUCCCUAGGUAAAGAGGUGCUUUCUAAGUAAAAUUACUGUAAUUUGCAUUCAGCCAAGAGAUUUGUCAAUGUAGCAUAGUUAUAUAUAUAUUGGACGUGAAUCCUUGAUAUUUGAGAAGACUUGUUUUCUUUA